CUCACCGUCAUUUGUGCCCACCUGCUGACACCCUCUGUCGUUACACUCUGCACUGCCAGGACUCAAGUACUCACCUCUGGAGACUCUCGUACUCAGACGGUUGAUAGGCUGUGACCCCGAGACUGCCGACGGACGACCGUAGCGAGCGGCCCGCUGCUCCAUCAGUGGGAACUCCACCUCGCGCUGGCCACCCUUGCGCAGAGUUGGUAUGAGCCGACCGAUGAAGGAGCUGGAAAGACAGAGAUGGGAGCGCAUGCUUUCAUGGCUGCAAGAUAAGCAUGGCAUGGAUACCAGUGAGCAUGGAUUUCAUGUCGAGGCCAGGGCAGUUGAAGGUGCGGGCAGGGGAUUGUUCGCACUCAGGGACUGUCUGCGGGGAACGACCCUGUUCAAAGUGCCUUCUACCGCGCUCAUGAACAGGACGACGGUGGCGAAGCUGUAUCCUCGGCUCCGUGAACGUAGACUCUCUGGCAUCCAUCUGGUCACGUUGCAUCUUCUGCUUCACAGGCCUCCAGGCGACGAUGACUCUUCAGAUCCCGUCUUUGGACCUUACAUCUCGACAUUGCCUCGGGACUUCUCCAGUCACCCACUUCAUUGGAUGGUGAAGCAGGAACUGAAACAGGACGACGUUUGGGAACGCAGGACUUUCGUACAUUUGCCGCCAAGCGCUGCUGAAAAGCUCUAUGCUCUUCACAAGCGUUUUUGGAACGACUGGAAGAUCGUAUCGAGCGUUCUUGCCGAGGACCAAGCUAAGCUCCCCCAAUCGUCGCGAACGGACAUCGUAUCAACGUCCCUCGAUAUUGUCAAGGAUGCCACUCUGACCUUGGGCUACUUGUGGGCUUGGUUAAACGUCAAUACGCGAUGCAUUUUCUACCGUAUCCGAGCCAAUCGGGCAGAUCCAGAUAAUUUCACGCUCUGUCCUGUGUUAGACUUCGCAAACCAUUAUCAUGGCCAAACCCACAUCUUUCCUGUUAUCGACUCAGAGCCGUGGAGCGCCGAGACCAAGAAGUUGCCGAAAUAUUUCACGUUCUUCAGUCCAUCUCAAGAGGGGUUAACCAAGGGCCAAGAACUGUACCUGCGGUACGGAAGCCACUCUAACAGCCUCUUGUUUGCCGAGUACGGCUUCGUCAAUGUUGUUCCUGGAGGAGCAAUCAAAAGCGGCGAAUAUCCCGGUGAAGUGGAUGUUGAAGAGCUCGUAGAAUAUCAAUUCACCGAGAAGGGAUCACUGGGUGCUCGCAUGAAGUCGGCGCUGGAGGAUGAAGGUUACUGGGGUGACUGGACGCUACACAGCGCACCGACCCCCGCGCAUCCCUCAUACCGGCUGAUGGUGGCGCUACGUCUUUUGCACGCACUCGAAUCGAACAACGCACGAGACCACGAACAGGAUACCGCAUUUGAAUCUGUCUUGGAGAUCUGGCGUAAUGUGAUCUCCGGGUAUGCGGAUUACAUAUCGCCUCAAAACGAGGAACAAUGGAGGCGGACGCUGCUUCAUAUUUGCGAGCGUAUCACCGACCGGGCACACACGCGCUUGGAGACUCUUUCCACGCUCGAGCUGAAUACUCGGACCGAGGAAAGGAGUUGGCGGAGAUGGAUGACAGGAAACGUGGUGGCUUUGUGGACCGAGGAGCGCGAUGUCGCGGAAGCUGUGAAAGCCAGUAUAUUGUCCGGUGUGGAGUUUUGA